GUAUCGGCUCAACAUGCGAGUAGGACAGCGUACGAGAAAGAGUUCAGACAGCUCUGGUUUUUGUGUUGCUCAAUGGAAGAAGCACCUGAAGAACCAUCACAAUCGCGAGACUCUUGGCGAGAUCACCAAACUUGGAUAACCACACAAGACAUUCUCAGGGAAAAGCUGAUCACAGAGGACAGUUUCUCAUGGAAAUUAUCCAGCGAAGGUGAACCUGGUUAUAAGAAGGGAGAAGAAUUGAGAUGCGUUGGUGGGGUUGACAUUAGCUUUUCAAAGGAUGAUCCAUCAAAGGCAUGUGGCACCCUCGUGGUGUUGGACUUCCACACUCUCCAAGUUCUCUAUCAGGACUUCUCUUUUGUCACUCUCCAAGUCCCUUAUGUGCCUGGUUUCCUUGCAUUUAGAGAGGCCCCAGUUCUUCAACAGCUUCUAGAGAAAAUGAAAAGGAGUGAUAAUCCUUUCUACCCUCAGCUGUUAAUGGUUGAUGGAAAUGGAAUACUUCAUCCCAGAGGUUUUGGGCUGGCCUGUCAUAUUGGAGUUGAGGCCAAUCUACCAACAAUUGGGAUUGGAAAGAAUUUGCAUCAUGUGGAUGGUCUUACUCAUUCAACAGUGAGAAAACUUCUUGGUGCUGAAGAAAACUCUUCGAAAGAAUUUAUUAAUUUGGUGGGUUCUUCUGGGCGAAUAUGGGGAGUGGCCAUGAGAUCUACACAGGGAUCCAUAAAGCCAAUAUUUAUAUCAAUUGGUCAUAUGAUAUCACUUCAGACUGCCAUUAUGAUUGUUCAAAAGACCUGCAAGUUUCGUGUGCCUGAGCCAAUUAGACAGGCUGACAUAAGAUCUAGGGACCAUAUUCGGAAGCUUGAAAUGAAUGGCAAAGUAACAUAAUUCGCUCAUACGGUACAUCAUCGUCGACAUUAAAUUUUCUUUCCUCGUUGGUCUUGAACACCUAAAGUGAUGGCAACACUUACUGGUUACUACUUACUACAUGCUAUCAUGAAUUCUGUUAGACACUUGUACGAUGUAGGUGGUCAUAGCAAUGUUAAUUUUCGAGUUCAGAGAUGUAAAUGGAUGGAACCAGAAGUUAUGGUUAUGCUUUCAAACCAU